GAGACUGUCGCGCUUCUCACGCUUUUUGGAGAUCUGCAGCUGUCAAUCCAUACUCUGUUCAUGUCCAUCGCUGGUGGCUUGUCAUGGGUCGAGGCGACCAAUGCACUGCAACAGGUCGGUUGGAUGUGGGUCUACAUCUUCUGCUGCUAUGUUGCUUUCUGUGUCUUCGCCGUGCUCAACGUGAUGACAGGUGUUUUCUGCAACUCUGCUAUCAAGGGCGCUGAGAAGGACCAAGAGAUGGCGACGCAGGCACUGAUGGUGGACAAGCAUCGUCUGAAGGAAGGGUUGACGAAGCUGUUCAAGGAGAUGGAUGUGAAUGGGGAUGGCUCGGUAAGCUACAAGGAGUUCAAGAAUUGCCUUGAGGACGAGCGUGUUAAGACUCUCUUCGAGGCGCUGGAGCUCGGCGCCGGGGAUGCGAAGCAACUAUUCAAGAUUUUGGAUGUGAACAAGGAUGACAGUGUCGGAGUGGAAGAGUUCCUGGACGGGUGCACGCAAGUGCGUGGAAAUGCUCGCGCAAUCGACCUCUUCACACUCA